UACUAUUAUAGCACUCAGCUCCCUUUUAAUUUGUCCGAUCCAAAUUAGUAGGACUUUCUAUUAAAAUUAAAGCUCAACUUUUAAGCGCCUCUUCAAACCCCAAAACAGCCAAUUUUUUUAUACUUUUCUUUUCAUUUCUUCUCCACCCCACCCCUCUCUGAUUCAUCACCAAACAAACCCCAUAUCUCCGGCCGAUCUCAAUCCGACGGUCGAUAUGGCUCUCUCAUACCUAGCUUCCACCUCCAGAUCCCAUCUCAUCAAAUCCCUCACCGCCAUCUCCCGCCGUUCGAUCUCCACCUCAACAGAUCCCAUCACAAUCGAGACCUCCAUCCCCUUUACAUCGCAUAAAUGCGAACCGCCGUCGCGCACCGUCGAGACCUCAUCAGAGGAGCUUGUCACCUUCUUCCGCGACAUGGCGACCAUGCGCCGCAUGGAAAUCGCGGCGGAUUCUCUCUACAAGGCGAAGCUAAUCCGCGGAUUUUGCCACCUUUACGACGGGCAAGAGGCGGUCGCCGUCGGUAUGGAGGCGGCGAUUACCAAGAAGGAUUGCAUCAUCACGGCGUACAGGGACCACUGUACAUUUCUGGGGCGAGGUGGGACCAUGCUGGAGAUUUUUGCGGAGUUGAUGGGGAGAAAGGACGGGUGCUCGAAUGGGAAAGGUGGGUCUAUGCAUUUUUAUAAGAAGGAUGCCGGAUUUUACGGCGGCCAUGGGAUUGUUGGAGCUCAAGUGCCGUUAGGGUGUGGAUUGGCGUUUGCUCAGAAGUAUAAGAAGGAUGAAACGGUGACGUUUGCUCUUUAUGGAGAUGGUGCUGCUAAUCAAGGGCAGUUGUUUGAGGCUCUUAAUAUUUCUGCUCUUUGGGAUCUGCCUGUUAUUCUUGUCUGCGAGAACAAUCACUAUGGUAUGGGGACAGCAGAGUGGAGGGCUGCUAAAAGUCCAUCUUACUACAAGCGGGGUGAUUAUGUUCCUGGAUUAAAGGUAGAUGGUAUGGAUGCUUUUGCUGUGAAACAAGCAUGCAAAUUUGCAAAGGAGUUUGCCUUGAAGAAUGGUCCACUGAUACUCGAAAUGGAUACCUACAGGUAUCAUGGUCACUCUAUGUCUGAUCCUGGAAGCACGUACCGUACUCGUGAUGAGAUUAGUGGAGUGAGACAGGAACGAGAUCCAAUUGAAAGGAUAAGAAAACUGAUAUUUGCUCAUGAUAUAGCUACUGAGAAAGAGCUCAAGGAUAUUGAGAAAGAAAUUAGGAAACAAGUAGAUGAAGCUAUUGCUCAAGCCAAGGAAUGCCCAAUGCCGGAACCUUCAGAACUUUUCACUAAUGUGUAUGUGAAAGGUCUGGGAGCUGAGUCAUUUGGAGCAGACAGAAAAGAAGUUAGAGUUGCACUUCCAUAAACUAACUGGGUGAAGCUUCCGGCAAAGCCCGCUAUGAAAACCUUUUUACGCAACAAGAUUAAUCAGCAAAUGAUAGCAAAUAAAAGUUAGUGAAGAUGGCGAUCAUCUCUCCGGGGCUAUGAUUUUUGUUUUGAACAUUUUUGUAUAGAAUACUGAUUGUUCCCGAGCUGGCGGGGGAAGAAUUGAUGCAUUUUGUUUGUGUAGUUUUGUUUGAAGGAGCUACGAUUUGAUAUUUGUGCGAUGGUCAAUUGAAUAGGCAGCAAGUUUUUCUGGAA